AUGCCGAGCGGGAUGCGACUUCGGUUGCAGCUCGUGGGAGCCUCGCGUGUGAUCAUGCCCGCGGGCGUGCACCGGCGGUCUGUGGCUGCACCAGCAGCGAGAGACGUGGGCGGCUUCGGGAACGUGUCGCUCCCAGGCGACACGGCCGCGGCCUCCAUGGCUCCGUGGCCCCCGGCCCCGCAGAAGGCGGCGCCCCGCCCCUGCAGAGAGUCGGACCGGGUUCGGCAGGCAUCUUGGGUCGCUCUGAGGACGUGCGCGUUCGCCGCCGGCUCCCUGACCCCUUCUGGCGGCCGGCUCAACGAGGAGAGUUGGCAGGUAAGGUUUGGCAUCGUCCGAUACGUUGGUCGCCGCCUGUACGGUAUCGUCCAGCACGGUGCCGCGUGCAGCGGCCCAGCGCGCUCGGAGUCGGCGCCAAGCCCGCGGCGGGGCUUCCUGCUGCCGCUGCCCGCGCGGCCGCAGACGGCGCCCGAGCUCGAGGCAGGCGCCUCGCGGCGCUCGUCUGCGCGCGAGGCCUGGGACCGGGCGUCGCCGUCGCCUCUCCCGGCAGGCGACGACCACUCCUGGAGCGCGGCCGCUCUGCGGCAGAAGUGGGACAGGAUACAGGCCGCGUUCGCGGACAGCUUCGCGGCGUCGGACAGCUUCGACGCGCCCAGGCAGCAGGACGCCGCUGGCGGGCCAGCGCCUGCGCGGGCCUGGGCGGGCGAUCUCACGAUACAGGACGCAGUCGCGGCGGCCCAGCUGCCACGCGCGGGGCGCCGCAGCCAGACCACCCCCACAGGCGGCGCCCACCAGCCCAUGACGGCGCGGGCCCUCGCCGGCGCCUCCCCGCCUGCGGCGCCAGCCCACCAGCGUUCGCCCGCGCAAGGGCCCGCCCAGCGCCCGGCCACCGAGGUGUCGGCGAGGCGUCCCAGCGCCAGGCCCCGGACUUCCACGCCGGCGGCCAGCGGGGACGUGGCGGGGGCCAGCUCCGAGGGCCUGGGCAGCGGGCCGGACUUCGUCGACGCGAGGCGGGCGCCGGCGGCGGCGGCGGGCCGGCUGGCGACGAGGCGGGAGGUGAGCAGGCGCGCGAGGCGCCUCGCCGAGCGCAGCCAGAUCGAGCAGAAGCGGCUGCGGCUCCGCGCGCAGUGGAGGCGCGAUUUCGAGGCGAUGUCGGAGGCGGACCAGGAGUUCUACCGCCGCGCUUUCAAGAGCUGCGACUUCGACGUCGACGGCGUCCUAGAGGGCGCCGAGCUCGUGCCAUGCCUGAAGGAGGUCGGCUUGAACGGGUUCAAGGCGGAAGAGCGGUACGCGAUCCGGCAGGUGGUCGACCAGUGGCUGUCGGAGAACAGCGAAGAGGUCGACCUUUUCGAGUUUGUCGCGGGGCUCGUGCCGCUGGCACGCCGCACGAUCGAGGACGUGCGAAGCAACGAGCUCCUGCGGAAGUACCUCAGAAACACUUCGAAGGACGCAGACGCCGACUGCAUCUCCGCCAUGCGGUGUGCGGAGAUCGCUCGCGACAUGGGGCUGGACGCGCGCCACUUCUUCCAGCAGGGGCAGGAGGACCGCGGCGUGCCCUUCGAGGAGUUCCGCCAGGCCAUCGUCCGCAUGGCGGAGGGCUCCGAGCGCCUGCAGCGCGACCGGGAGCGCGCGCUCGCGGAGAGGGAGGGCCUCGACGGCGCCACCUUCGCCAAGUUCCGCACGGACUUGAUCUGGUUGCACGCGAUAUUUUCACAGUACGACGCCGACGGCUCAGGGAAGUUGGACCAGGCAGAGAUCAUGAGGGCGGUCAGGGAGUUUGGCGUCACCCCCUGCGCCAUCGAGGAUCGCCUCGACCUCAAGACGAUGGCCAAGGUGGAUUUUCGAGAGUUCUUGGCGAUCAUCGGCCAAAUCCGUGAGAGGGGGAAGCUCUUGAAGGUGGGCGUCCACAAGUUUCUCUUCUCGAAGUACGACAGGGACGGCGACGGCACGCUGUCGGUCCGCGAGAUAGCUCCUCUGCUGGAGCAGCUCCGGCUGACCCCGCGCAACCGCGUCGAGCAGGAGGAGCUCGCGGCCCUCAUCAACGGUGCGGACGAGAACGGCUCGGGCCAGAUCGAGUUCUCGGAGUUCCAGGACUUCUGCCAGAAGGUCGAAGAGAGGCUCAACCGCGUGCGCUUCGAGGAUGAGCUGGCCCAGGCGCUGGCCAUGGAGUUCAGCACGGCGCAGCUGCGCGACAUGCGGUGGGCAUUCGACUCCCUCGACGCCGACGCUUCUGGCAGGCUCCAGGCGGAGGAGCUUUGCGAGUGUUUGACGUUGAUGGGAAAGAGCUUGAAGAAGGACGAGUUCGAUCUGUUCUUCAAGGAGUUGGACGCCGAUGGCAGCGGAGAGCUGGAGUUCAAGGAGUUCCUCGAGUUCAUGAGGGUCGUGCGCGACCGUGAGAGCAUAUUUAGCGAUAGUUUCUACAAGCACUUCCACAGGAAGCCACACCAGCUCGAGCCACACGUCCUGCGUCGCGUGCUGGAGAACAUGCGCAUGGCCAAGAACUACACCAUCGUACUCGACCGUGACGAGCUCGUGGACGUGUUCUGUGGAUAUUUCGGCAUCUCCCCUGACGAUGACCUGGAAGAAAAGUUUGGCGUGAAGUCCGUCGAGGAGCUGUACGAAUUGUCGAGAAGGUGGGACUCGGAGAGGACGGCCGCGGGCCCGUGA